CGGACCAGCGACAGAGCAGUAGCCAACCCACAGAGCCGAGACUCCGCCCACAUCAGCCACACGCCGCCUGGUUUGAGGAGCCCUGCGCCUCCCAUUGGUCUGACUCUUCGUGACGUAGCAGAUCAACGCGCUCUUAUUGGUCAAGACGCGGGCCCUCCUGUGUGCCAUUCUUAUAAAUUCUAGUGACUGGAUUCAGUUCGCCAGUAACCUCAAGACGUUGAGCGUGUUGUGAUUCAGUGUGAGACUCAGGCCGUGAGGAUGCCAUCCAGCACGACAGACAAGCAGGUUCUGGAUGCCAAGGCCGCGGCUGCUGAGCGGCGACGCACCAACAAGCCCAUCAUGGAGAAGAAGAGACGCCAGAGAAUCAACGAUUGUCUGAACCAACUCAAGAACCUGGUGCUGGAAGGACUCAAGAAAGAUCCUUCACGCUAUAGCAAGCUGGAGAAAGCAGACAUCCUGGAGAUGACAGUGCGGCACGUGCAGGCCCUGCACCGCCAUGAGGCCGCCGCCCCCCGUCAACCUCCCGUGGACGCCGCCGCCAAGUUCCGUGCAGGGUUCGGCCAGUGCGCGGCGGAGGUGGGCAAGUUUCUGGAAAGCGACACAACGCUGAGCAACGUCCAGCGGUCACGCAUCCUGCUGCACCUUACGGAGGUGAUGACCGGCCUGAGGAACAAAUCUUCGCUGGACACAGUGGCGCCCCUCACCCCUGAGCCUCAGCGUGUCCCUCAGGCAGCCCCCUACGACUCCCUGAUGGUGGGCGGGGUGCCCCUUGUCCCUGCCCGACUCUUGAACGGGCAGAUGACAUUUGUCUUGCCCAACGACAUCACAACCUCCUUCCCAAGCCACGGGGGGGAGCUGCACCGAGCCCCUCCUUCCCCUCCUCCCAGCGCUGCCUCGCCUUCCCUCUCCUUGGUGUCGUCCUCGCCGCCGCCCUCCCCCUCAAGGAGCCCCUCCCCGCAGCCCUUGGAUCUUGCUCCAGUCCGUCAUCCCGAAGACGAUAACUGUUGGCGCCCUUGGUGAGCUACAGUGAAGCAAACGCCUGAAAUACCUGAAGAGUGAGGAGUGCCUGCUAGCCAGCCCCUCGCCCUCAGUACUGGUGCACUACAAGGCCAAGUCGUCUCCCCCCGCUCACAGCCUCCCGCCCCCUGGACCCCAGAGAACGGCCAGAAACUCAGCCAGGCGUCUUUCCAACGACCCCAGAGAGCCACACCUGAUCCUCCUGGGAAUGUCAGGUCCGCGGCCAGUCCCCCAGACUUUGUCCAGUCCUUCCCUAUCCCAGCAAGCACCCCCACCACUCACCACCCUCGCCGGUACUAUAGUACAAACAAGACAAGAGAGAACCAUUUCAAGGCGGAAUUUUCGUAUGUGAAGAGAGAAUUAUAGAGUUUUAUUAUGUAAAUUAAUGAUAAUUCUAGAUUCUGUGAUACUCUUAGGCUUAGUCCCUCCAGUGAUUUAAGAUAGUACAAAUGUUUAAUAAAAAUAUAUAUUUAA